AUGGCGUCCGCCGCUAUAUUUUCGUCGAUGAGGCGGCGGAGUUCACCGUCGCUCGAGGCGUUUCUGGCGCCGGUGAACGUCUCCGACGCGGAGAUUCUGGAGGUUUUGAAGGCUGUCGCUGCGGAGCUGGUGUCGUCUUUUUCCGGCGACAGUAAAACGACGCCGUUUUUCCAGGUAAAGAACUCGAGAUCUCUGAUUCGGAAAAUCAAGGUUAUAUCCGUCCUCUUGGAUGCUUCUCUUGAUCUGGGCUUGUCGGAAAAAGCUCCAUCUCCAGCUCCGGCUGUGUUCCUGUGCUUCAAGGAGUUGUACCUCCAUCUUUACAGGUGUAAAAUUCUGAUCGAUUUUGUGAAGGGGUCGAGCAAACUCUGGCUGUUGCUGCAGAACCACUCGAUCUCCGGUCAUUUCCAUGAUCUGAACCAAGAAAUUUCGACCCUUUUGGAUGUUUUCCCGUUAGGUGAACUUAAUCUACCAGAAGAGGUUAAGGAGCAAGUCGAGUUGCUAGGCAAACAAUCAAGAAACUCGAAAUUGUUCGUCGAUAGUCAUGACGAUCUAUUGAGGUUCAAACUGUAUCACUUCUUAUCACAAUUUGAAAACGGGAAAAUCCCCAAGAAGAACGCAUUGGGCGAUUUUUUCAUAGAGAAGCUAAGGAUUCUCGACGUCAAAAGUUGCCGAUUUGAGAUCGAGUUUCUCGAAGAACAUAUUGCGAAUCACGAUGGGGAUAUCGAGCCCACGGCCUCAAUUCUCAACGGUUUCGUGGCAUUGCUCCGCUAUUGCAGGUUCUUGCUGUUCGGAUUCGAUGAUGAGCUCGAUUUCGAAAGAUAUGCCCAAAAGAAAAAUGCCAAGAAAGGAAUGCUCACACAAGAAGAACUUGCCGAAAUGUUUCUAACUAUCCCGAAGGACUUUUGUUGUCCCAUAUCGUGGGAUUUGAUGCGUGAUCCGGUUUUAAUCUCGACAGGCCACACGUACGAACGCUCGUCGAUUUCUCGAUGGAUGCAAGAAAGGCACUCCACUUGUCCGAAAACCGGGCAAAUCCUCCUCCACACAAAGCUCAUCCCAAAUCGUGCCUUGCGUAAUUUGAUCGCGCAUUGGUGUUCGGCCAACGGAAUCCCAUACGAACCCCCCGAAAACUCCGACUACUUCCCGGAAAACAACAACCACUACUCGGCGGGCUUACCGAGCAAGGCCCAAGUCGAAGCCACUAAAGCCACAGCCAAUCUCCUCGUCUAUCAUCUCGUAAACGGGCUCCCACGGGCCCAAUCACUAGCCGCCAUGGAAAUCCGGUUCCUCGCGAAAACCGGGAAGCAAAACCGAGCCUGCAUUGCCGAGGCCGGCGCAAUCCCUCUCCUUGAAAAACUCCUCUCGUCAGAAGACACGUCCGCACAAGAGAAUUCGAUCACCGCUUUACUAAACCUCUCGAUACUCGACACGAACAAAUCGGUUAUAAUGGGCUUAAACGGGUGCUUGGGCUCGAUUAUCGGAGUGUUGAUAAACGGGCUCACGGUCGAGGCCCGUGAGAACGCGGCUGCGGUUCUUUUUAGUCUCUCGUCGGUUCACGAGUUCAAGAAGGUUAUCGCUCGUGAGGAAAAGGCAGUUCGGGCCUUGGCCCGAUUGCUCGUGGCCGGGACGCCGCGCGGGAGGAGAGAUGCGGCGACGGCGAUUUUUAAUCUGUCGACAGAUGGUGAGAGUUGCGGGUUGUUGGUCGGGUUUGGGGUGGUUCGGGCCCUUAUUCGGGCCUUGGUGGUGGAGGAGGCGGCAGAGGAGGCGGCAGGGGCACUAGCGUUGAUCGUGAGGCGGCUGCCGGAGGCGGUGGUGGCGGAGGAGGAGGAGGAGGUGGUGGAGGGGUUGGUGGGGAUGAUGAAGUGGGGGACUCCGAAAGGGAAGGAAAAUGCGGUGGCGGCAUUGCUUGAGAUGUGUAAAAAUGGCGGACCGGAGGUGGUGGAGAGGGUGGGCCGAGGAGCGGAAAUGGUGGGAUUAUUGCAGAGCUUGANUUUUUACUACUGA